CCACCACCACCACCCUGUACUUGUUAAUGUGGCAAAAUGCUGUAUAAAAGCUGAAACCUGUUCAUUCCGUGCCAUUGUAGUUGACAUGAAGUGAUUAUACUGCCUUUGAUUUCUCUCUGGUUUAUUAAAAGGCUGACUGUAACAAAACAAAACAAAAAACAAAAAAAAAAAAGGAGGAGGAAAUAUCACUCUCCCUCUGUAUCCCUCCCUCCUCUCCCAAAUGCUGAAAGGAUCUGCUUCCUCAACCUCGUUCAUCUAUUUUAUUGUUUAAAUCACAGCAGGAGGGAACCAUGCCUUCCUUACUCAAUUUGACCCAGACGCUGGAAGACGUCUUCCGAAGGGUUUUUAUCACAUACAUGGACAACUGGCGCAGGAACACCACAGAGGAGCAGGCGGCACUCCAGGCCAAGGUGGAUGCUGAGAACUUCUACUACGUCAUCCUGUACCUCAUGGUGAUGAUAGGGAUGUUCUCCUUCAUCGUCGUCGCCAUCCUGGUGAGCACUGUGAAAUCCAAGAGGCGCGAGCACUCCCAGGACCCCUACCACCAGUACAUCGUGGAGGACUGGCAGGAAAAGUACAAGAGUCAGAUUCUGCAUCCAGAGGAAUCAAAGGCCACCAUCCAUGAGAACGUGGGUGCAGCGGGGUUCAAAAUGUCUCCUUGAUAAGGCAGAAAGAGACAAAGCCAACCUCUGACAUCCAGGUGUGAGGAGGUGCCUGCGCUCCCAAGCAGAUCCAGAUUGUCAUUGUAUAAAGAGAUCGAGUUCCUCUCCCUGUUGAGACCUUUCAUGGAGGUGAUGUGCUGGCCAACUGAGAUGGAAGACAUUUCAAUCUCAGUGACUUAUGCUUGCCUAUUGGAGUAAUAAUUUGAGCAUUUUCUAUGCAAUAUAAAUGUCAUUUAAAUCAAUGUCAGUAGUAAGAAUAAAGCCAAAUUUCAAGCCAAGGA